AUGCUCGCUAAAUCACUCGUUGCACCGUUGGAAAGAGCGAAGAUUCAUUUUCAAGUAUCAUCAGCAACUCGCUAUUCUCUAAUUGGAGCUGUAAAAUUUUUGAAAUUAUCAUAUCAAGAAUAUGGAUUACUUUCACUUUGGCGUGGUAAUUCAGCAACACUAUUCCGUGUGAUACCAUAUGCUGCUAUCCAAUUUGCAUCAUAUGAACAAUAUAAAUCAAUAUUUCGCGUUGAUCACAAUGGAAAGCAUACACCUGUACGACGAUUUUUGGCUGGUUCAUUGAGUGGUAUUACUUCCACCCUAUUUCUUUAUCCAUUAGAUACAGCACGAACUCGACUUAUUUCAUCGAAACACACCGAAUAUACCAAUCUUCGAUCCAUUUUUUAUAAAAUGUAUACCAUAGAAGGAAUUCGGUCAUUCUAUUACGGAAUAAUACCAUCUUUGUUUGGUAUUAUGGUUUAUUCCGGUAGCAGUUUCUAUACAUUUGGCACACUUAAACUUCUUCAUCGAGAAUAUUGGAAUGAACCAAUAUCACCUUAUCAUCGACUCAUUUAUGGUGCAAUUUCGGGUGCAGUUGGUCAAUUUAUUUCAUAUCCUAUAGAUAUUGUCCGUCGGCGAAUGCAAACGGGUCGAGUACCACUAAAUCAUUAUGCAUUUCAUGUACUCCAAGAUAUUUAUCGUAAAGAAGGAAUUUGGAAUGGUUUAUAUAAAGGAAUUAGCAUGAAUUGGAUUAAGGGACCCAUAACAGUAUCCAUCAGUUUCACUAUUUACGAUUAUACAUUUUUGUAUUUGCUAGAAAAAUUACAGACGAAAUCAUGA